AAUCUAGGUACCCGUGACUGGCUAAGAGUUCGCCACAACUCCAAUACCCACUCCAACCACAUCAAAGAUCGCCCUAUGUACUCUCCGCAAGCAAAAUUUGAACCCAUUUAACAUUCUCUAUCGCUUUCGGCUUCUUUAAACUUCACAAUGUCCUGUUCGUUCGCUGUUUCAUCCUCACUUCGAAGAGAAUUUGUAAACCCAGUGUCUCAUGUGUUCUUUGCACCUGCAAGGAUAUAUCAACCCAGAAGUAAAUGCGAGAUAAGCAGGAGGGGUUUUGCCUUUAAAGGAAUUGUUGCCGCCGGGGUUUCUGUCGUAGGAUCUUCUUUGGUUACUGAACCCGCUCAAGGGGUAGAGAGAUUACAGUACAAGCCUGAGGGUUAUAAUUAUUGGACAUGGAAGGGUCACAAAAUACAUUAUGUGGUUCAAGGAGAAGGAUUUCCAAUUGUUCUUAUUCAUGGGUUUGGUGCUUCUGCAUUUCAUUGGAGGUACAACAUUCCUGAGUUGGCUAAAAGGUAUAAAGUCUAUGCCAUAGACUUGCUAGGGUUUGGGUGGAGUGAGAAAGCUAUUAUAGAGUAUGAUGCCAUGGUAUGGAGAAAUCAAAUUGUGGAUUUCUUGAAGGAAAUAGUGAAAGAGCCAGCAGUUGUGGUUGGAAACAGCCUUGGAGGGUUUACUGCCUUAGUUGCUGCAGCCGGAUUACCUGAGCAAGUUGCUGGUGUUGCCCUUCUAAAUUCUGCUGGACAGUUUGGAGAUGCAACUAAAGGAACCAACCAGUCUGAAGAAACCAUUUUUCAGAAAUUUUUCCUUAAGCCUUUGAAAGAAAUUUUUCAGCGUAUAGUUCUUGGACUUCUGUUUUGGCAAGCCAAACAACCAGCUCGCAUUGUAUCUGUCCUGAAGAGUAUUUAUAUAAAUUCUUCUAAUGUGGAUGACUAUCUGGUGGAAUCAAUAACAAGGCCUGCAGCUGACCCCAACGCUGGAGAAGUGUACUACAGAUUAAUGACACGGUUCAUGUUGAAUCAAAGCAAGUACACUCUAGAUAGUGUUUUAAGCGAGUUAUCGUGCCCACUGUUGUUGGUCUGGGGUGACUUGGACCCAUGGGUAGGUCCUGCUAAGGCCAACCGAAUCAAAGAAUUUUAUCCAAAAUCGUCUCUGGUAAACUUACAGGCCGGACAUUGCCCACAUGAUGAAGUUCCAGAGCUUGUCAAUAAGGCUUUAAUGGAUUGGUUAUCAACUGUAAUACCAGAAGUGUUGACGUGAGCUGUCAAACUGGAGAAAUUACAGGAUAAAUCUUUUAUGUAAAUCUCUUGAUUGAUAAUCCCUUGAUUUAUGUAAAUCUCUUGAUUGAUAAUCCCUUGAUUCAAGGGUCAAGCCUUAUCAUAGCCAUAGUUUAUGUAUAGCCAAAAAAUAGACUAGAACCUGUAUAUAUGUGUACUAAUUCUCUGUAAAAAAAGGGUGAAGAAAUAUAUUAAAAAGUAAGGUAUUUCUUCUACAAAA